UUAAAGAGUUAUGUUGGGCAAAAAAACUGUUACUUUUGCUGAUGAUGUUAGGUCUGAUACUUCCGAAGAAGCUUUUGAGAACUUAAAGAAAACUAAUUAUGCUGGCAAGAAGUUAACUGAUCCUGUCAAAGAAGUUGAAGAUAAAUGGCAACUUUUACCUGCCUUUCUUAAAGUUAAAGGAUUAGUUAAACAGCAUAUUGAUUCUUACAAUUAUUUUGUUGAAACUGAAUUAAAAAAGAUAGUUCGAACAAAUGAAAUGAUUACUUCAGAUGUGGAUCCAUCAUUCUGGUUAAAAUAUCUUGAUAUAAGAGUUGGACCACCUGAUAGACCUGAUACGGACCAUGAAGCACAUGUAAACGUAUUUACACCACAUGAAUGCAGAUUAAGAGAUCUAACAUAUUCUGGUAAUAUUUGUGUUGAUAUAGAAUAUGUUCGUGGAAAGAAAAGGGUUGUACGUAAAAAUACUAUUAUUGGUAAAAUGCCAAUUAUGCUUAGGAGUUCCAAAUGUGUAUUAACUGAUAAGUCUGAAGCUGAACUGGCAAAGAUGUUUGAAUGUCCAUUAGAUCCAGGUGGUUAUUUUAUCAUAAAAGGUACAGAGAAAGUUAUUCUCAUACAAGAACAACUUUCAAAAAAUCGUAUAAUCGUUGAAGGUGACAAAAAAGGUCUUGUACAGGCUUAUGUUACAAGUUCAACCCAUGAGAGAAAAAGUAAGACAUAUAUAGUAGCAAAGAAUGAUGCAAAAAAUGAUAAAAUAACUUUGAAACAUAAUUCUAUAUCAGAAGAAAUACCUAUUGUAAUAGUAAUGAAGGCAAUGGGAAUUCAAUCAGAUAAAGAAAUAUCGCAACUUAUUUCAGGAGGAAAUCAAAUCUUUUUAAACAUGUUUUCACCAAAUAUAGAACAAUGUGCAAAAAUGAAAAUAUUUACACAAAAACAAGCAUUAGAUUAUAUUGGAAGUAAAGUUAAAGUAACAAGAAAAAUUGCAAAUGUUAGGAGACCUAUGGCAGAAGAAGCACUAGAAGUAUUAUCAACUGUAGUACUUGCUCAUGUACCAGUAAAAGAUCUAAACUUUCAACCAAAAUGUAUUUAUAUAGCUAUUAUGAUUCGAAGAGUUUUAAUGGCCUUAGCUAAUGAAAAUUUGGUUGAUGAUCGAGAUUAUGUUGGAAAUAAAAGACUGGAAUUAGCUGGAUCUUUAUUAUCUUUGUUAUUUGAGGAUUUAUUUAAAAAGUUUAACUUUGAUUUAAAGAUGAACAUUGAUAAACUGUUGAAAAAACCCAAUAGAGCUACAGAAUUUGAUGCUCAUAAACAAUUAAUGCAACAUGGUGAUAGUAUUACUAAUGGAUUUGUUAGAGCUAUAGCUACAGGAAAUUGGACAUUAAAACGGUUUAAAAUGGAAAGGGCUGGAAUAACACAUGUUCUUAGCAGAUUAAGUUAUAUUGCAGCAUUGGGAACAAUGACAAGAAUAACAUCACAAUAUGAAAAAACAAGAAAAGUUAGUGGACCUAGAGCACUUCAGUUAUGUCCUGCAGACACACCUGAAGGUGAAGCUUGUGGUUUAGUUAAGAACCUAGCUUUGAUGACACACAUUACAACUGAUGAUGAGGAACAACCAUUAAGACGACUAGCUUUCAAUCUUGGUAUAGAAGAUGUUAAUAGUUUGACUGGUGCAGAGCUGUAUCGUAAAAAUGCAUAUAUGGUCUUUUUAAAUGGUCUUAUGCUUGGAAUUACAUGUCAACCAAAUAAUUUUGUUCAUGAUUUUAGACGAUUGCGCCGAUGCGGUAGAAUUUCAGAAUUUGUUAGCAUAUAUGUUAAUCAUCAUCAUAAUGCUGUUCAUAUUGCUUCAGAUGGUGGACGUGUAUGUCGUCCUUUAAUCAUUGUAGAAAAUAGAAUACCUAAAGUCACUACAAAGCACAUUCAGAAAUUAAAAAAAGAUGAAAUGACAUUUGCAGAUUUCUUAGCACAAGGACUUGUCGAAUACUUAGAUGUAAAUGAAGAAAAUGAUUCAAAUAUUGCUAUUUAUGAGCGUGAAAUAGUUAAUGAAACUACACAUCUAGAAAUUGAACCCUUUACAAUUUUAGGUGCUGUAGCAGGAUUGAUUCCUUAUCCACAUCAUAACCAAAGUCCUAGAAAUACAUAUCAAUGUGCCAUGGGUAAACAAGCUAUUGGUGCUAUAGCAUAUAAUCAAUUAAGAAGAAUUGAUACAUUAUUGUACCUUAUGGUUUAUCCACAGCAACCUAUGGUUAAAACAAAAACUAUAGAAUUAGUGGGAUAUGAUAAGUUACCAGCAGGACAAAAUGCUAUAGUUGCAGUUAUGAGUUAUUCAGGUUAUGAUAUUGAAGAUGCUCUUGUGUUAAAUAAAGCAUCGGUUGAUCGUGGAUUUGGACGUUGUCAAGUAAUGAGAAAACAUGUUGCACUAAUGAAGAGAUAUGCAAAUGGAACUUAUGAUCGUAUUGGAGAUCCUCCUGCACAAGUUGAUUGUCCUACAGGACCUUCAGCUGAUAGAUUUAAUAUAUUAGAUUCUGAUGGUAUAGCAGGAGUUGGGGAAAGAGUUAUGCCAGGACAAGUUAUUGUGAAUAGACAUACACCAACGAAUUUAUCAGCAAAUAUACCAGUUAAUAUGCCAAUAGUAAAUGCGCCAGUUAUUCAAUUUACUUGGAAACAUUCACCAUUAACAUAUAAAGCUCCAGAACCUGGAUAUAUUGAUAAAGUAUGUGUAACUACAACAGAACAGGAACAAACACUUAUUAAAAUAUUAAUAAGACAAACAAGAAUACCAGAAUUAGGAGAUAAAUUUUCUUCACGUCAUGGACAAAAAGGUGUAUGCGGUAUUAUUGUACCACAAGAAGAUAUGCCAUUUGCUGAUUCUGGUAUAUGUCCUGAUAUUAUCAUGAAUCCACAUGGAUUUCCUUCACGUAUGACUGUAGGUAAAAUGAUUGAAUUACUAGCUGGUAAAGCUGGUGUAUUAAAGGGCGAAUUGCAAUAUGGUACUGCAUUUGGUGGUAGUAAAGUUGAAGACAUGAGUAAAAUUUUGAUUAAACAUGGUUAUAGUUAUUCCGGAAAGGAUUAUGUGACAUCUGGUAUAACAGGAGAACCAUUGUCCGCGUACAUUUUUUUUGGACCAGUAUACUAUCAAAAAUUAAAACAUAUGGUAGUAGAUAAAAUGCAUGCAAGAGCAAGGGGACCAAGAGCAGUAUUGACAAGACAACCAACAGAAGGACGUUCAAGAGAUGGUGGAUUACGUUUAGGUGAGAUGGAAAGAGAUUGUUUAGUUGGAUAUGGAGCAAGUAUGUUAUUAAUGGAAAGAUUGAUGAUAUCAUCAGACCAAUUUGAUGUACAUGUUUGUGAACAAUGUGGAUUACUGGGCUAUAAAGGGUGGUGUCAAAAUUGUAAAUCUAGUAAAUUUAUGGUUACUAUGCAAAUGCCUUAUGCUGCCAAAUUACUUUUUCAGGAAUUACAAAGUAUGAAUAUUGCUCCCAGAUUAAUUUUAGAAGAAUUUUAACAUUAGUAUAAUUACAAUAAAU